GGCUGUACGGGAGCAUUUGUUUCUUAAUGCUCGCUGAAGGGGGGGACUCAGAGAGAGCCGCUGUUCAGAGGCUGCCUCUCACUGGAAGGAUGCAGACGCGGAAAGAAGAGAUUCCACAACAGUUAAUUAAGGAGCACUCGCACAUGUCUAUAAAUGCGAAGGGGCAAAUGAAUUCAGUGUCAGUGGGAGCAGCUCCUCAAGGGGAAGCUGUGACAUUUCAAAGGUGGAAUUGAAAGAGCUGUAAAUCUGUUUCCUGACGCCGGCUUGACGGUCAUUUCUGAAUCACUGGACUGUUGCUAUCAAAGUGUGGAGCAGGGAGGCAGAGUCAGUGGAGUUCUCUCCUCGAGCUAAAUUCAGAGUUAUUGGAUGGUAUCAACAUGAGCAGCAUUAUGGAUGGAUUUAUGUCAUUCUGCUGAGAUAUUUAUACACUCUUUGUUGGAUUGCUCAGCAGAUGUGUCCUGUCAUGUCCUGGCUGCUCUGCCUGUACCUCUGGGUCAGCGUGACUGCCAUUCAGCUGUGUCAGGCCACUUUCUAUGACACCAUCCAACAGCAUCAUGGGAUGAGACCGGGACGAACCACCAUCCACAUGAUUGAGGGGGGCACAUGUGAAGUAGUUGCUGCUCACCGAUGCUGUAAUAAGAAUCGUAUUGAGGAGCGGUCACAGACGGUCAAGUGUUCUUGUUUGCCGGGCAAGGUGGCUGGAACCACCAGAAACAGACCUUCUUGUGUCGACGCAUCCAUAGUAAUUGGGAAGUGGUGGUGUGAGAUGGAACCUUGCCUGGAGGGGGAGGAAUGCAAGACGCUCCCUGACAACUCAGGCUGGAUGUGUUACGCCGGCAACAAGAUCAAAACCACAAGGAACACUCAGCCAUACACAACAUCUACAUAUUAACACUUUGCUGAAAGGAUGCAAGGAACGCCUCUGGGGGAGAAGGUUAAUCUGCAGACUGUCACAGGACCAAUUAUCACAAAGACAAUGAACCUGUUGUUGCUUUAUGAAAUGUGAACACUUCUCAGAUUAAAGUGUAAAAAUAUGUAGAAUACAUAAACCACAUCCUGCUCAAGGCUACUGAAAAUACUGACAUUUCAAGAUGCCUGCAGGGAACUUCAUAAUAACCUUGUAAUGAGUAUAUUUUCCAUCAUUUCUUUCCGACUUUGAGAUGGAACGUGAAUGUCUGUGCAUUUGGAUCAAUCUGGAGAGCAUCUGACAUCCUUGCUGAGACAUCAGUGAGACAGAGGUUCUCUACAAAGCGCCAAACAGGAGAGAAAUACAAGGACAUGGGAUGAGCAAGUGCAGGAGUUGACAGCCCUCAGGUUUUUUGUUUGUUUUUAAAAUAUUGCAAGAGGAAAAGAAAUAUUGUACAUACAUUGUUUGUUUGUCCUUUCUUGUGUACAUGAACUUUAUCUAUGGUGGUGGUGAAAAAUGAUCAUUCGAGUCCCUGAAUGCAGUUUUCAUCUUCCCUCUUGUUUCCCCUAAAAACCCAACACAGCCAAAGUUUGAUGAUGUAAUGUAAAGAUAAAACAGAUGCAUUGUGAAGGAGAUGUUUUUACAAAAGACAGCUUGUGUGUCCCUGUACAUUUUACCAAUUUGUUCGGUACUUGGAAGCCUUUGACCACUUGUUCGAUGGCUUUACCAGUCAAACUUGGUAACGUGUCAACUACCCUGAAACCGAUUCACCAAAAAUGUGACACCGGUAGGUUGUUUUCGAUACUUGAAAUGCCUUAUUUGAGUCAAAUCAUUCAAAUGAUGAUGUUGUACAGAUGAAGCCAUCUAUCAAUAUGUGCUGAAAUUUCAUUAAAGUCAUUGUUCCUGUAA